GACCAAUGAUGAACAUCACCGUCGCUUCUGGUAACAAAACCGCUUUAUCUACAUAUGAUGAAAAGACCAUCGAAACUAUAAGGGCAUCUCUGUUGGCUGUGAUGCUUCUUGGCUUCUGCUUCUUCAUGUACUUCAUGAAAAUAUUUUUGAGUAUCUAUUUCACUACAGACCACAUGCGGGACCACUCCCGGUAUAAUCUCUUUGCCCACAUGCUGAUUACGGACACAGUGUAUCUGAUCUUAUGUAUUUUGCUGGCGGUCUGUUCACUCUACCAGGCGUACCUCCCAUUCUCUGUCUGUUACACAACAGUGGCCGCAGCCUCGACAUCUUUUAUUGUCACCCCUUAUAAUCUGGCUGUUAUGUCACUGGAACGAUAUGUGGCCGUCUGCUUCCCACUGAGGCACACAGAAAUUUGCAGCGUGCAGAAUACCUCCAUUGCCAUUGCAGUCAUGUGGGUGCUGGGGUUUGUCUCUCCAAUUGUUGAACUUAUAGCUGUGCUGAUUUUGAUUAACAAGGACAUUUUUGCCCUGAAAAUCAAAUGUAGCCGUUUGACAGUAGCGAUAGUUCCACUACAAAAUUCCAUAAAGUCCAUAACCAUUGCCUUCAGCCUCUCAGUGGUAGGAAUAAUCCAUAUGUUUACAUACAUAAAGGUCAUCAUUGUGGCCAAGAAGAUAAGUUCGGGUACGUCAUUUGCCUCCAAAGCGGGACAGACGGUCAUGCUUCACACCUUCCAGCUACUGCUGUGUAUGACGUCUUUCAUCUCCACAUUCAUUGACACCAUCUUAGCCGACAGUGUUGUCUUCUUGCGCAUGACUUUCUUUCUUGCGUUCAUGUUCCUGCCGCGGUUCCUCAGUCCUUUAAUUUAUGGGUUACGGGAUGAGGUCUUCUGCAAGUAUUUGAAAAGGGUGCGCUCAAAAUAAUUCCUGCCAUACAUUUACUAUGCUAAGGCCCCGUACUCACUACCGGAUCGAUCCGCUGAAACUGGUCCGA